AGGAUUUCGCGCUGAAUCAGAAGAACAAGCUUUCCAUAUAAAAGCCGGGAAGAAACGUACAGAAAGAGUACAACUUAGAGAUCAAUUGGAAGUGGAACAUUUCUGUGACAAUAUGUAUUGCGCACUUGUAUUGUGCGCCCUCCUCGUUGGCUGUUUAGCCAACGAGAUGCCGGACAACCAGGACAUCCAGAUCGGUCAGCAUCUGCUCCUUGACUCGAGAAUUGUAGGCGGCAGCCCCGUUGACAUAAAUCAACAUCCGUAUCAACUAAGCCUACAAACUAGUGGACAUAUUUGCGGUGGCUCGAUCAUCAGCAGUAAAUGGGCCGUCACAGCCGCCCAUUGCGUAGGAAUGAGCGCCGACCGAUACAGCAUCCGUGUUGGUAGCAGCAACAAAGACCAAGGUACUCGUUACACGAUAAAGAGGAUCAUCCGACACCCCGAGUACAACUCAAGGACUGUCGACUUUGAUGUCGCGCUUUUGGAGAUCAAUGGCGAAAUCAAAUUCAACGGCAAUGUGAAAGCAGUGAAGUUGGCUACGACGGAACCUUCUUCCGGAAGCUUGGUUGACGUCACCGGUUGGGGAGCACUCAAGGAGGGCGGAAGUGUUUCAACCCAAUUGAUGAAAGUGUCGAUCCCCAUCGUGGACAGAAAUCAAUGUCAGACCGCUUACGGAACCAAAAACAGCAUCACUAGCAGAAUGAUCUGCGCCGGUUACACCGCCGGUGGAAAAGACUCUUGCCAAGGAGACUCCGGUGGUCCUCUGACGUCCAAAGGAACCCUCUACGGUAUUGUGUCAUGGGGUUACGGAUGUGCCCAACCCAAAUACCCAGGUGUUUACUCGAACGUGGCUAACCUCAGCUCCUGGAUCAAACAGAACAGUGGAGUAGUCGAUCGUUAUUCCCUGUCAAUUCACGUUGAAAUGUCUGAGAAAAUACUGUUCCUGCUCUGCAUUUUUCUCGAGAACGUUCUUGCGUCGGAAAAUACCAAGUACGUGAACAUCACGGAAUAUCCGUACCAUGUAUCCAUCGAGAAAUACGGAACGCACGUAUGCAGUGGAGCGCUGGUGCACGAAUCGUGGGCCAUAACCGUGGCAUCUUGCGUUUUUGGUGCCGACCUGUCGACGGUGUCGGUGCGCGUCCGCUCCGACACUCUUUCCAGCGGCGGAGACGAAUUGGAAGUGAGCAAUAUCGUUGUGCACGAGGAUUUUGACAAAUAUGUCCUGCUGAACGACAUCGCGCUAAUAAAGUUUAAGCUUCCCGAGCAAUUUGGUGAAAAAUUGCUACCGAUUGGAAUACCGGAAAAAGAGGAUUACAAACUCGCUGAUGGAACGACGUGCUUCGUGACAGGCUGGAAGCAUAACCUGGGUGGCCAGGCCGAAUCUCAGAUCACGGCGAUGGCUGUACCGAUCGUGAACCAGGAUAUCUGCAGCUCUACGAUGCCUUGCUACGAGCCGGUGCUCCAGAAAAUGCUUUGUGCCGGUAACAUGACCCUCGGGGUGGAGACGUGUCAGGGUGAUCCAGGUGCUCCGCUGAUGGAAGCCCAGACGCUGAUUGGUGUUCUAUCCUAUGGAUUAGGGUGUAAAACUAUGAUACAUCCGGGCGUAUACACUCGUGUCAGCAGUUACCUACCAUGGAUCUCGGCAAAUUCCGAUAUCCUCUAUACUAUAUGAGAUGAUAUUCGCGAA